AUGACUGACAAGAAUGGAGGUCUUCAUCUGACCACUGUUGGUGCUGAUGUUGAUCUCUCCGAGAUGUUCGGGGAAGACAGACAAAAGAAAGAGAAAGAGCUUGUUCGCAAAAUCGAUCUUAGGAUGAUGCCAUUGAUGAUGUUGAUCUACUUGGGUCUGCACGGAACACAGUACAAUACGAUCAUCUCGAUUUUCUUCGUUGGCUACAUCCUAACCCAAAUUCCAACGAAUAUGAUCUUGAACAAGAUGCGUCCAUCGAUCUUUCUUCCAGUGAUAAUGUGCUUGUGGGCUGGUGUAAGUGCUGCCACAGGUGCAGUGCAGAACUACCCGGGGAUGAUCGUGCUGCGAUUUGUUCUAGGCUUCGUCGAGGCUCCUUUCUUUCCUGGUGCUCUAUACCUCUUCAGUUCCUGGUACACGAAGCGCGAGCUUGCAAAGCGCAUAUCUAUUCUUUAUGCCGCUGGCCAAAUGUCAGGUGCAUUUGGCGGUCUCCUCGGCAGCGCUAUUAUGUCUGGAAUGGAUGGAAAGGCAGGGCUUCCCGCGUGGAGAUGGCUGUUCAUCAUUGAAGGUGUAGCCACUUUCCCCGUGGCUGCCAUUACCAUUUGGGUUCUUCCCGAUUACCCCGCUACCACCAAGUGGCUCUCCGAAGAUGAGAAGAAGCUGGCCGUCCUGCGACUUGCUGAGGAGGCGAACCAGGAGGAUGACCGAUCCGAUGUCUCAUCAUGGGACGGGCUAAAAAUGGCAUUCGCGGAUCCGGCCUUGUACUUGAUCUGGUUCAUGCAACUCGGUCUUAACACAGCAGCAGCAUUCAUUAACUUCUUCCCAUCAAUCGUCGCUACUCUCGGAUAUGGACAAUCUACGACUCUGUUGCUAUCCGCGCCUCCAUAUGUCUUUGCGGCCAUUCUCGGCAUCUGCAACUCAUGGCAUAGCGAUAGCACAAAGGAACGAUACUGGCACGUUGUCUGGCCUCAGGUCUUCUGCAGCAUAGGUUUCAUCAUAUCCGCUUCCACGAUGAACCUCGCUGCACGCUACACCUCUACGUUCCUCAUGAUGUCAGUUUACGGCUCGUUCGGUUGCAUUCUCUCUUGGGUAUCUACCAGUCUACCACGUCCACCGCCUAAGCGAGCCGUGGCGUAUGCCGUCGUCAACGCCGGAUCUAAUUUGGCCUCCAUCUAUGCCUCAUACUUUUAUCCCAAGUCGCAGGGUCCGAGGUAUUGGCAGGCAAAUGUAGCAAAUGUUGCUUUUUCGGGAAUGUGUAUAAUUCUCGCGACAACGUUGAGGUUCUGUCUCAGUAGAAGGAACAAGGAACUUGAUACUGCGGCUCAAGAGGACAUUCACGCCGGGAUCACAUGCCAACACGGAGGGUCCAAGGCGGCUCGGGUUGCGGCAAAGUGGCAGUGCGAUCCUGAGUAUCGUUACACUUUGUAA